AUGAAGCAAUCAAGACAAUCUAACAAAGUCGUUUUUCAAGGAUUAAAAGAGUUAGUUAAAUUUGGAAAGUUUGUAGAGACAGAAGGUGUUCAAGCUUCUAGUACUCCAAUUGCAAUAUUAGUUGAAGAGCAUGUAGCUCCAGCAAGAUCAAAUCUCAGUUCUUCAUUUGAGGUUUCUGAUAGUGACGAUGACAAUGAUACUAAUGAUGAUGUUGAUGAUUCUGAUGAUGAUGAUAGUGAUAGUGAUGAUAAUGGAAUGGAUUUUCGUAUGUAUGUACCACCAAAGGAGUCGAUCAGUAAGGAUGUGGAUACUCCAACUGAGACGGAAAAGGAUGUCAAUAUCUUUAAGCAGUCAAAUGAUCCCACACCCGAACAGAUGGAUGCUCUCAUUGCUCAACUACAGUCAACUACAAGGAAGCCUCCCCAAGCGGUUCCUGUUAUUUCUGAUUCUCCAUCUGAGAGUGAUAAAAUUGAUUCAAACGCCUCCUUAGUGCCAAGAAAGCAAAGACGUAAAGAUCCAAGGCCGGGAGUGCUUUCUACUGAGCCAGUACAACAGCCCUCUCAGAUUGUUGAGCCCACUCAAGUUACUCAUGAUGUUCAGAGGCCAAUCAUUGAACCAGCCUCGGUUCAAGAAGAUAUCCAAAGCCCAAUCAUUGAACCAGCCCCGAUCCAACAAGAUGUUCACAGUCAAAUGGCUAAUGAGGAAACAUUUACUUCGGGAAGCUCUUCUGCCCCACCACCUCCAGAGCAUGAUGAUGCAUCUGUCAAACUAGCCAAGUUACUUGCUUUUCAAGAUUCCAUUUCUCAAUCCAAAGGAAAAGGAAUAUCUAUUGGCUCCAGGCAAGGAGGUGAUGAAGACUCCCAUCAAACCAUCUCUGAGCUCAAACAAGAGAUUAUGUUUUUGAAGCAGGAGUCCGUUGAGAAGGACUUACUGAUUGGUAGUCUGGAUGUGAGAGUUUCUAACCUUGAACAGGAGAACUCUAUUAAAGAUGCAAAGAUUUCUAAACGUCAAGCGAAUCUUGGUGGUAUAACUACUUUAUUCUUUGACCUGAAACAGCACUUACAUCAGAAGUUUGGUGAUGAUUUUCAACCUUUAAGCGCUGAAGGCGAAAAGAUUUAUGUUUAUAUCUCUGAUCCAGUCAAUCAACCUUCUCAAAAUGCAAGUGAAAGAGUUGUAAGACCUACUCCGGACGCGAAUCUUGACACCUUUUUAUCUUCUGGUCCCUCUUCUGCUCAAGAAAUAAGAGAGAAGCAAGCUCGAAUUGAGCAGCUGAAAGGGAAUAUGUUGGUGAUGAAGCAUUCGGAUCAGAAUGUUCCAGGAGAAUGCGGGUCGUGA